AUGUCAUCGCUUCCUCGUGAGGAUAAACACCAUAACAGGUGAGAAAUCAUCCAGCAAAAAUGUAUAUUAAUUUGCUGCUCAGAGAAUUAUCCCCAUCAGCAGAUCUGUUUCUUGCACCACAUCACUGCUCUAUAUCCAAGCUGUCGAGGGGAAUAUGAAGUGUUACAUUUCUGAGGGGAUUGAAAAUGUGACCGUAGAGCAGAGUCAUAAAGCAGAUCAACCAAGCAAGCCUCCAAAAUUAGCUGAACAAACAGAGUAAGGUAGAGCCCUCUGGGGGGAUAAACUUGGCACACUGGAUCCAGUGUGACAGAGGCCCUUCUGGCAGUCAGAACAAUCCAAACGUUCCACUUGGGUUGAGCUGUCUUCGUUUCCCCCUCCACCGUAUAUAUCAGCCCCACAUCAACAUGGGCCUGUGAAGACCUUUCACGAGACUGACAGGCCACCUGAAUCACACAAUUGUGUGGCCGGAGGAGCCUGCAUGUGUAUACGAAAACCAGUGAUCCAACAACUGUCUGGGUUCACUUCUCUCUCAUAAAGUCAGGAGGGAGACGCAAUGGGAGACCCACAGCUACAAGCCAAGUGUUCCAGCUGCACCAAAACAAAGCCUUAACUUCUACCCAAACUGUAGAAACUAGACUAAAAUUGAGUGUUGAUUUUCAUAGCAUGCGUACUUUAUCUAAUAAUUGGUUGAUCCAUUGAAACCCUCUUUAAACAUAGCAGAAAACCUACAAAGUGUGUCUUAGCUAACUCAUAUGCUAGUGAGACUAUGUGCAUUGCAGAUGGUCCAGCCUCACAGCAGCUGUGCAAAUGAAAGAGUGUCGCUGAAGGAGUGAGAGGGAUGGAAAGUUGGCCACAAAAGGAAAAGAGUAACACACAAGUUGCUAACUGAAAAUGUAAUGGAAAAUUUAAUAGCUCACAAGGAUUUUGCUGAGAGAAAAUAAUUGAGUCAGAGUAUUUUCCCCGAAUGUUGUGAAUUGGCAAAAAUGACAAUCUCUUUGCUUUAAGGCAGGUAAAACACAGCUCUACAACCACAAAAAGAAAAGAAAACACAAGGAAAUGAUUUUUUUAGCUUUACAUUUAAAGGCGAAUUAGACUUUCAGCAAAUCACACAGUUUGGGGUACAAAUGCAGUUCCCCUUGACCUCAGCCUUUAGUCACCAAUACUGACAUAAAGCUAAAUUCAUUUUUCCAUUUCAGAAUAGCCAUGCACCUGUUAUACCUUCACUGGAUAAAGUCAGCAUGUGUGUGAGGGUUUUCACACACAGCUGUAAAUCAAACUCCAUCAUUUGAGCACUAAGUCUGCAGUGAAAAAACAACAGGUGGGAGAAUCCCGCUUAGCACUGAAAACACACUAACAUUUGUCCUCAGGUGGGGGAGGGGGGCGAAGAGACAAUUGCCCCAGAGUGCUUUGUAGUGCAAAGGGUUUAAUUAUCUGCUGUACACUGUUCAAUCCUGAGUGUUGUUUUUUUUUUUUUUUACUUGCCACAUCUAGAUUUCCUGAAUGUUCAAGUCUAACUCUUAAAGGGUCAAACACACCGUAACACCGAGUUAGACACCCCCCAGAGAUGAAUGUUGCCGACUGCUUGCUUCUCCAGUUAUACCAACUUUAGUAACAACCUCAGAUAGCCAUACACAGAGCCACGCGCUCAACCAAAAAGCCACUCUAAAGCCACAUAUAAUGCUCAGAACAGCAUCUAACUUCAUUAACAGUACAUAUAGGGUCCCAACCAUAGCGAUAGCCACCAAACAUCUUUUUAGCUUUGCCUAAUUUCUUUAGCAAAGAGACUAAACACAACUCACCCACUCUCUUCCAGCAGCUGAAUGUUUGUAGCGAGACGUCAGGCCAGCCCAUUACGGACUACAGCGGGGCGACGCAGCUCAAGGAAGAACAUUUAUUUAUGUUUUUAUGAUCAAAUGAUGAUGGAAAAGUAAUGAUCAUAAAUGUUCUUCCUUAAGCUGCGAAACUCCACUAUAGUCAGUAAGGGACUGGCCCGAGGUCUUGCUACAAACAAGCGGCUGCUGGAAGAGAGUAGGUAAGUUGUGUUUGUUCUUUUUGCUAAAGAAAUCAGGCAAAGUUAAAAAGAUGUUUGGUGGCUAGUACUAUGACUAGGACCCUAUAUGUACUGUUGAUGAAGUUAGAUGCUGUUCUGAGCAUUAUUUGUGACUAUAGAGUGGCUUUUUGGUUGAGCGUGUGGCUCUCUGUAUUGCUAUCUGCGGUCGUUACUUAAGUUGGUAUAACUAGAGAAGCAAGCGGUCGGCAACAUUCAUCUCUCAAGGGGGUCUCUAACUGGGUGUUACUGUGUGUUUGACCCUAACUUAAUUUUACGCCGGAAUAUCCCUUUAAAGGGUUAGCAUAUAUCUAUGGACUGAUAAUAGACUGUUAUAACAUGAAUAUAACCACAAGACCUUGUGUUUUUUGAAUUACAAUCAGGGCAGUUUAAAUUUCACACCAUCCCCUCUGUUGUUUGGGGCACUUCUCCACAGCCCCUGGCCCAAUAGUUGCCAAUACAUGUAAAUAUCAAGUGGUUAGUGAAUAAUUAGUGCUUCAUUGGCCAGCCAUCACCUCUGGGCCCCGUCUACACUUUAGACCCCUCCCUCGUAGAGCCGCCCUGAAGACAGGGGCCCCUUUUGAAUGACAGCGCUUGGGAAGGAAGACGAAUUCUUGUCUGAUUUCCCGCAGCCACAGCGUCGAUGAGAAGCAGUCGAGGAACUCCAUUCUAACUGAAUGGAUUGGUAUGGGGAGAAGCGGACCACAAAUCACGGCUAAGCGGCAGCUUUGGGACUGUAUAACGUUGACGAUGGUUUUACUUUCACUGCUGUUUCGACCAGGUAAGUGGUGCUUUCUCAAUCCGUGCUUCUCCACUCCUCUCUCUCCUGCAUGCAAAGUUGUCUCCCGCUCUCCCCGGAAUGGAGGUGGAGAUGGAAAAAGUUAACUUCUUUCCUGGCGUCUCAACUCAACAGUCUGAACAGCUUUAGUCUUUUAGUAAUUUCUCCUGGCUUGUGUUUUGGGUGUUUUUGUUCUCUUAAAAAUGAGAAUAGUCGCUGUUGUUUGAGAGUAUCCCGUCCUCAGAGGGGACAAAGUAAUGUCCUGUUGCUGCUCUGGUAUCCCAGCCUCCAGCCUGCACCGCAACGCUUGUAUCGCUGCUAGCCGAGCAGCGUGAGUUAACACUCUCUACGGACGUGUUUUUACACUGUUUUAAAACCAUUUUAACCACUUAAACAAAUUACUAUAAAGAGUUUGCAGACAAUACAUGCAGAGUGCUCGUGUUUUACUCAACACAAGUUUCGCUAUUGUCAUGUGUAACCAAGUUGUGGGAAGUUUUGCUUAGCUCUCGGCUAGCAUACAUCGCCAACAACUGUUGUCCAGCACCCGCAGCCCAACCACAAGAAAACCACGGAAAUUGUUUUUAAUCAGAAAGGGUCGCGAAACGGUCACAGAUACCUUGCAGACACGAGAAGAACUCAAAUACUUAGCUCAGGUUGUUGAAACUUGUUUGCAAAGCUUGUGGGACUGUGGUAUUUUCCCCUGUUCAUGCUUCAUUUAUUAACUUUGUUAGCUACCAUGCAUGGGGGUCCAACUUUUUGGCCUCAGAACGUGUUGGUCGCUCCUUUAUCCCAGCCACACACCAAAAAAACAUUACUAACCCCAGGAGCAUGUUAUAUUCGACUUUUAUUUUACAUGCUCUGCAAAGUUAUCAAGUUGUUAGUAAAGCAUUUUGAUCUCUCACUCAGUUCACACACUUGGAGACUGUCUUUAUAUGAUGUUUACUUUGUGGUAGGCCUAUUUAUUUCCACUUUUGAUGGUGUUAGAUUUAGUUUUACUGCAUAGAGAAGCAGAAAAGUCUAUAUGAAACAUUUUUGUGCAUAUCAAUGCAUUUUAGAUGGACAGUGCAUAUAUAUUUGCCAAUGUGGGUGUAGAAAUAUAAUGACAUUUCUCAGUAGUAGACAUGCUUUUCUGUGUUCAAUGCAAGAAUAAUGAUAUUUAUGACUUAAAUGUCUUGGAUAUUUAAUAAAUCAAAGAAUUAGAUUGCAAAAGAUUGCAGAGUUAUUCAUCUGCAUACCACCAUACCAAAGACAAAAUGCUGCAAUCUAGGAUUUAAUCAAAACAUUACCUUUUGUUGGUUGUCCUUCUUUGUUUUCUUGUUUUUUUAUGGCUUUAACACCUUAUAUGUGUGUUUUCCUUUAUUUGCCCAGUGUCUGUUAAAAUGUGCUAAAUUAGAUGCUUAAAAGUACACUAGUAUGGAGUUAAGAAUGCCAAUAUGUUUAAUAUAUUAGGAAGGUGUUUAAAAAAUGAACCCCUCAUAGAAAGAAUUGGUGUUUAUUUUAAAUUGAUUUAACUUGCAUGUUGUUAAUGAACAGUUCAUAAGUAAAACAAGGCCAGUUAAUGUUCUAGAUAGAUAAGGUUAUUUAAUGUAGUCUAAGUAGAUCCUGAGUCUAGCAAGAUACUAUUAAAAUAAUAAGUUUCAAGCUUUUCCAAGAGUGCAAACUAAAACAAGGCCAACACUUUUAGAAAGAAGUGUGUUUAUCCACUACUUAAUCACUAACUCAGUACACUAAUAGAAAUGCUUGUUGUGUGGCUACUUUGCCUUACUUUUGUUUUCCCAUACUCUCCACAUGGUCCUCACACUUGUUGGUAGACUACUAAGUGUCAUGACAUAAAGACCCUUGAGGGAGAUUCAUUGUUAUUGAUGGCUGUGCAAGCAGUGAUCGUCCAGAACUGUCAAUCACAGCAGACUCGUGUGACCUCACAGUGAGACAGGGGGAGGCCUGCUGGAAUUCAGAGGAGAGAUGCAGAAUGGCUCUAGUUUGACCCCUCGCACUCCAUCACUUCUUUAUCCAGGCUCGUGUUAAAGUGCAGCAACUGUGAGAGGCAUUAAUCAUCUGUCAUGCUUUUUUUUUACUGCAUCAGGAAUGUAUGAAAGGGAAGAAAUGAAAAAUAAAAGUGUGAAAUUGUCACGCCUAUUUUGCUGCCAUUGUCUAUCCUGUCUGGAUUUUUGACUUGGAUUUUCAAAAGAACAAUCUGUGCAACUGAUUGUGGUUUUGCAGAAAAAUUGAUGCAUGUGCUUUGAUUUCUUGAUAAUGAUGAUGGAAAAUAAGUCUACCAUGCAGCAGGAGUUAAUAUCCCAGUCAGCAUGAGAGACAUCCUACCCAAAAGUAACACAACACCUAAGUGAAGUCAAUGAAUUUCCACAAAUUACUUUCCUGCAGAAAUCGUUCUUUGUUUUCCUCGACAAUAAAUUUACCACCUGUGGUUUAGCAUUUAACAGAAAAGCACUAAAUUAAGAGACAGCACCUAAAUCUCAUGCUGUGCUUUGCUGCCCCACACCUCUCUCUAGCUUCCGGUUGGGACCCCGAGUCGCUGAACAAGCGCGACUCUUUGUGAUACUCAUCUUGGGAUCACGUUAGCAUCCGUGAUCCUUUGCCCUGAUCCCGCCGUGCAGUGUAGCUAGCUUGAUAGACUUCAAUUACCUCAGCAACAGCCAAACCACAUUCAGCACCCUGAGGCAAACAGGUUGGUUUCCUCCAACAGUGAGGAUAUGUGCUAUUUCUGUGAGGGCUAGUCAGGGGAAAUAAGUUUUGACUGACUCUGGAGCUCAGAGCGGAGCCGUGGCCUCGUGAGCUCACACUUUGGAUUUUAAUGGCUCUCCUAAUGAAAAUAAACUUGAUAAUGGAAAAGUUUGACUGUUUGUUCCAUGCUAAUGUAAUGUUGCGAUAAAUAUCAGAUGAGUUAUCAGAUUCUGAAGGGGAGGGAGCUCAUUUUUGGACAGAUUUGAAGAUCUGGGCAGCAUUUGUUUUUGCCAAAGUGAAGAUGACUGAUUAAAUAUGUAUGUGUGACACAUUUACGUUGUUAAGAGCAAGUAAUGAUGAUGAUUGUGUUUGUUUUCCAGCUCACUGCCAGCAGUGCCGAAUCCAGCGUUGCAAUGCAGAGUAUGUUGCCUCUACCUCGCCCUCUAGUGGUCUGCAGGAAGACGUGGCUCUGGAUGUGGACUACUGCAUCGCCCUAAGAGCCUACGCUCUGUGCACGCGGCGGCAGGCACGAAGCUGCAGGGGCGACCUGGUCUACCACUCGGCCGUCUUCCGCAUUAAGGAGUUAUUCUCUCAGCAUAACUGCUCCAGCGAUGGGCCCACGUCAUCCGUGAAGGUCCCCAGCACGUCUCGGCCGGCUGUAUCAGAGCUGUGCAACUAUGAAAACCGGGUCCUCACGUCAGGCUCAGCCAGUCAGCAGAAGAAAUACGCCCACUGUGGAUUAUUCGGAGACCCGCACCUACGAACUUUCCGAGAUGAGUUUCAAACCUGCAAAGUCGAGGGGGCGUGGCCCCUGAUCGACAACCGUUUCCUGUCUGUGCAGGUGACCAAUGUACCUGUUGUGCUCGGCUCCAGCGCCACGGCAACCAGCAAGGUAAAGACGAGUUUGGAGUGAAGCUGGAGUGGUUUUUCAGACAAAUUCUAGACAUAUUUCAAGCAGAGAUGCCAAAUGGUCUUUGAUGUUUUGUUUAUUCACCUGUGACAGUUUAUUAAAAAUCUAAAGCUGUUCAAAAAACUUAGUAAAAAAGAAGACAUGGAUGUGGAAUCAAAGAAACUACUCACAGGCUCUAACAAUUGAUCACACAUCGUCACAUGGAGGGAUGAUUUAUGAUCAUGACCUGGAGUCCUUGAGGAAAAAUAGUGCCUCCCAUCUGGCCUUUGCAUGUGACUCUAAGAUACAAAGCAGAGUUUACUUGCAGAAGCGCUCACAUGUUGAUUAAACAUCUUUUAUGUUACAUGUCCCUCCUCAAGUAUUUUAAGAUACUUCAGUAAAAUCUGGCAAAGAAACAAAGAAACAAACAAAAUAAAUCACCUCUACCAGACGUUAGAUAUCACUCCAACAUAAUUCUGGAUAAAUGGAUAAUAGGAAGAGUUAAACUUCUGGCUUGGCGCGGUGUUUUUGAGUACAGGAUUUGUAGCUCGAGUAUUGCCAUAGAGUAUCAAACAUGUGAAGUUAAUCGUCAUUCCACGCUACGGUGCCUCUCGAGCCACCAGCAUUCCUCUUGUCUUGGAGCUCCUUCAGAUCUGUGAGGGAGCAGAGAGGAGGGGAGUCCUUCAGCAGUGUUGAAUCACAGACAUGCUUGAUCGCUCUACCUUUAACACAUGGGUGGUCAUAUGGUAGUGAUUAACGCUCACUCAAACAUUUUCCUCCACCACCACCACGAUCUGGAAUGUUUUUUCACCCCUCUGGUCAAAUAAUUAAGUGGGAGCUUUUUGUGUAAAUAUGGAAUAAUGUGGAAAAAUAGGGGAGUAAUUGGACAGCAGUGAGGGUUUCAAUUCUGUUCAUUAAAUAGGUUAGUUUUGCAUCGAGGCAUUUUGGCUGUGCGUUCUGGGUUUGCAGCUUUAAUGCAAACCUGUAGUUUGGGUAUGUCUUUGCUAGCACCCGCAUGCCCCCAUCGUGCUUUUGGAGUUGUUUUCAACUGCCAGACUAAAGACAGGAAAUCAUCCAUCAAAUACAGUAUCCCCGUAAGUGUAAACUCAACCACAGCCACCGCUUUGUCAAGAUACUCUGAAGGAAUGGAGGUUAAGCCCCUAUUUCUCCAAACCCUGCUGGAAUACAAACCAUAGUCAGUCACUGAAUAAUUUGUGCCAGUGUAGGAGAAGAGUUUUAAUAUAUACAUGAAAGCUUGGGGCUGUUAUGAGUCUGUGAUGUUAGAGCCAAUAAUCAUUGAAGACUUUUGGGUUAAGUCCAAUAGUCUUUUUUUGGAUUAUAAACGGGAUUAAUCAUAUUUUACAUGAUCUCUUUCUCUUUGACUGUUAGUGGUCCAGUGAUAUUGACAGAAAAGAUGCAUUCUUCUCGAUUAUUUAUUGUCUUUAUUAGAGAAAUCACUGUCACUGUGUUCAAAAUUAGUACAAGCAGUCUACACGUUUAACACAGGUCCUUGCUGUCACCCUGUGGCUGGUUUUGGUACUGCAGUUUGUCAAACUAGUUAAACAUUUUUGUAAAGUUUAAGUCUGUAGCUCAUUAUUCUGUUUCUCUGUGUUAGUAUACCUUUCAAAUUAUAUUAUGAAAUAAAAACUGUCAGUUUGAUUAAUGAUUAUUUGUCCAUUAAUUUCAGAUCACAGUGAUCUUCAAGUCAUACCAUGGCUGUACUGAUCAGAAGGUGUACCAGGCCACCACAGAAGAUCUGCCUCUGGCCUUUCAGGAUGGGACGCGCAGCGGCGGCGAGAGUGGCAGCCUGACUAUCGUGGAGCGCGGGGGCUCCGGAGUGGGUCGACAGGUGAAGAUACAGGCCCGCUACAUCGGAACCUCCAUCAUUGUCCGGCGGGUCGGCAGCUACCUGACCUUUGCCAUCCGCAUGCCAGAGGAUACUCUGGACUUUUCUGAGGACAAUGGCGGCCUGCAGCUCUGCCUGCACGGCUGCCCACGCAACGAGCUCAUCAAAGAGCACACGUUAGGCCGACAGAGCCAGCAGCCCCGCCUGCAAGGUACAAACACUGAGCUGGGUCCUCUGCGGCCCCCCCACCAAGUAUACACGGUGGAGCGGGCCACCGCAAAGUGCAGAGACACUCUGCAGGUGGAGGACGUUUAUUUUCAGUCCUGCGUGUUUGACUUGCUGACGACAGGAGACCCAGAGUUCUCCAUGGCAGCCUACGGUGCUCUGGAGGAUUUAAAGGCACUGCCUCCCAGUAAACUGAAGCAAAACUCCCCGAGGACUCCUCGCCUUUACAACCGGGCAUCAAACACAUCAGCUGCAGCUGCAGCCAGCAGCUCCCUGCUCUCACUCCUACUCCUCACUCUGCUGCUUAUGUGA